AUGUUUCAGACGGGAGUAAAGCUAAUUGUUUCUUUAGAAGGUGGUAUGGCAAUAGAUCCACAAAAUGUGCAGGAAGUGGAAAAUGUGGCGAGAAGAUGGUCACAGAUCGAUUUCGAACACUUGCAGCGACUUUUGCAGAAGAAAUUAAACGAAGAAGUACAAGCAAUUGAUGUGAGAGAAAAUCAGUGCAGAGUAGCUCGCCAACAGUUAAUUACUGAAAGCAAAAAUUAUUACGAUUGUGCUGAUAAGGCAACGUUCCAGAAGGAAUAUGAUCGGGCUACAGAAAGAGCAAAAGCAGCAGAAGCUGGUUUAAUCUUUGUUUGGCGGGCAUUCACUUCUGUUUGCGAUCCUUCUCCAUAUUUGGAGCAGGUUUCCACAUUGGUAAGGGAAUUGGUACGAUUAGAUUCUGUUGAUGAGCAAGUUAGGAAUUUGACUAAACAGCUUAAUGAGUUGCAAGAAGAAUAUGGUGAUUUGCGAAAUCAGGAUCUAACUGUUCGACAACUCAAAGAACGGAUGAAAGAAAUGGAAGCUAAAACAAAUAGUAAUAUCCAGGCUGCAUUAAAUGAAAGAGAAAAAGAAUUGCGCGUCAAAUUGGAAACAUUUGAAAAAGAAGUUGCUGAAAAGCAGGAGCAGAUCACUGCUGAAAAUAAAACUCUCUCAGAUGCUGUUGCAGAUUUAACGAUGAAAAACAAAGAAAUAAGUCGGAUGCUCGAGGAGACGAAGCUGCAGUUGGUAAAAAAAGAGGCUGUAAAUGAUGAAAGAUUGGAAAUUGUUACGAAUGAUCUCGAAAACGCCUUACAGAGAGCUGUGGAAGCGGAGAAGAAAGUACAACGUUUGCAAAGUGAAUUGGAGCGUAUAAGCCGUACUACCUCAGGUCCAAAUGAGGGAGUACUUGGAGACACUUUCUUGAUUCGUUCGAAAGACAGUCAGAUUCAUAAACUGUUAGAAGAAAACAGGAAAUUGAAUUCCAAACUUAUUCAUUUAAAAACAGAAUCGAACAAGCGUAUCGAUGAGUUAACCCAAGAAUUGGAGCGCCAUGUAGUGAUCGUAGCGCAACUACGAGCCCAAUUAGAGGCUCAAUCUGAUUAUGAAGAUAAAAAGGAUUUGAGGAUUCUACGUAGCAUUGAAUUUGGAGAAGAAGCUAUUGAAGGAACAGGAACAGGUUUCGUGAGCAACGGUGUUACUGCUACAGCAACAGCCGAAGUGCAAUUGGGUGGUCGUUCGAAAGCACUCGAUGAAUUGCUUGUUGGAAAAAAUCGCAAAUUGCAGAGUGAAAAUGUGGAGUUGCGAAUUCGCAAUCAAAAAUUUGAAGAGGAACAAGUGAUGGAUGGGAAUGACUUAUCGAAUGUUUUCGGCUUAGUUGAUGGCAGCUUCAAUAGUAGUACACUCGUUGAUUUAUUUUCGAAUAAGAAUGGGCAAAAAUCAGUGGAAACCAAUGGUGACUUAGAUUUAGAAAGUGAUCCACACCGUGCCACGAAUCUGCUUAAUUUGUUUAUGUGCUCCGCCAGUUCAUCAAAUGAUACACCGAAACUAGAAAAUUGUUAUUCAGCGAGUACGUCCAGUUUACACGAACUACCUCGGACACCUGCUGAGCUCAGGACUUAUAACGAACUGCAGGACAUUGUUACUAGAAAUAUCCAUGAAUUAGGUUCAAAGGCUUUGAAUACGACGGAAAUUGCAAAGCAGUGCAAACAUUUAAUGGUCACCCACAAUAUUGGACAACGAUUAUUCGCGAAGUACGUUAUGAACCAGGUAGUCAAGUCACAAGGCUCACUCAGUGAAUUACUAUCAAAACCAAGGCACUGGAACAAACUCACCGAUAAAGGACGAGAGGCAUUUCGGCGUAUGUAUGGCUGGGUUUCAGAUCCUAAAGCUAUUGAACUAUUAUGUAGUAUUUCACCUCGUCGAACUCAGCCAGUGGGAUUGAUCGAAAUUGAAGUACCGUCGCGUGAAAUUUUAUGGGAUCAACAGGCUGUUUCGUUAGCUACUGUAUCCAGAUAUAAUGCAGACGAUGCUUUAGAUUUAUUUGUGCAAAAGCAGUCUUCGAGAGUUGCUUCAAGCGAUUUGAAACAACGUGACAGGUUGUCAACUACAGCUGGUGGUAAUAGUGCUAACUCAGUUGUACAGCGUACAAGUCGCUGGCGACAUGAUGACAUACCGAAAGAAAAAAUUAUGAAGAUAUACAAACGUGAAUUGGCAUUGUUAAGGGAGCAAGAGUCCCAUCUAGAGCAAGCAAUUGGUUCACGGCCUUUAAGCGUGAGAAGUAAGGAUGAAAAGCUUGCAACAGUGGAAACAUCGAAUAAAUCGUCUUCGUUAUCAUCAUCGUCUUCGCGCUGCGGAACAAGAGAUGCCAGCUCACCGCCACAAUCAAAUUUUCCUGUAAAUUCUGCUCAGGCUUUGUUUGCUUUGAAAUGUCGUAGUGGAAUGGCGUCCAUAACGCAAGAGGAGCUUGAACGUUAUCCAGUAUUGGAUACUGAAGAUAUCGUGAGACAAAUCAAAGAUUUCCUUUGCUUAAAUUCGAUAUCUCAGCGUCAGUUCGGUGAACAUGUGCUUGGUCUUUCGCAAGGAUCUGUUUCGGAUCUUUUAGCAAGACCUAAACCAUGGGCUAUGCUGACGCAAAAAGGACGAGAACCAUUUGUGCGCAUGCAGCUUUUCUUAAAUGAAGCCCAGUCUUUGGUUUGUAAGCCUGAAGCAGAGAUGAAUGGAAAAUUCGCUGCAGUUCAAUCUUCAGAAGUUGUGCCCAGGAAUGAAACAAACAAUGGUGCGAAACAAAAUUUGAUUAGUGGUUUGCUGAACAUGCGGAACUUUCCUUUAACUGAUGAAAUUGAUCACGAGACUAUAAAGUAUCGUACUGAAAAAGCGCGCGAAAUUAAGAAACUGGAUGAUGGUGAGAAAAAAGUAAUGCGGAAUCUGAAAAAAGAGCUGUUAAUGGCUGAUACAAGUGAGAUUGCACGGCAAGUCAAGGAUCGUUUGCACAGCAGUGGAAUUUCUCAGAAAACAUUUGGUGACGUGGUACUGGGAGUAAGUCCAGGUGGUGUAUCAGAACUUCUGGCCAAACCAAAAACUUGGGAACAGUUGUCUCCACGUGCUCGUGAUUUGUAUCUCAAGAUGAGUGAAUGGCUCAGUGAAUUGGAUGGGAAUAGAAAAAUACAGGAGACAUCUGCUUCCACUGCGCUGCUAUCGUCAUCCCUCACACCAUCUCUUUCAAGUAUGGUAGAUACGUUGACUUCUACAGGUGCUUUAACAAAAACUCUGUCACCGCAGAAGAGAAAAGCAACUCUAAACACAACUGCUGCUGGCGAGUUACCGAAGAAAGCGCAGAGGACAGUUAUUACGGAUCAGCAAAAAGAAGCACUGAAGCAUGUUUUUGAACGUGACCAGCACCCGAACCAACGAACAAUUGAGCAACUCUCUCAGACUCUUUCUUUGAGUACUAGGACUGUGAGCAAUUGGUUCCAUAAUUAUCGAACUCGACAAAAGGCGAGCUUGAGAGCUGAAAUUCUUCCAAAUAAUGACAACGGCCAGAAGAAAAAUUCAGCAAAUGCAAAAAAUAAUAAUGAUCGGUGGAAGCAGGAUCUUGCGGAAUUAAUGAAAUUGGAAUCGAAACCGUAUCACUGGUCGCCAACAAUGGUAUCACCGAGCAGCAACAGCAAUUUGACUAGAAGCACAGUUACCAAAAAUAGUUCUCUUGAUAAAGCAAUUGAACGGAUUCAAAAACUCAAUGCUGCCAAGCAGUUGUAA